UAUUAAAAAAGAUGAGAGGAUUAGUACUGGAAUCGGAAACAAGGAAACGCGCGUGGCUCUAUAAAAUUGUGCCUGUAGACUCGUGAUUAGAUUACCCCACUAAAUUCAUCUCUAUCUAUCUCAUCUUCUCUCGUCUUCGGAGCUAUGGAUCCCUACAAGAAUCGCCCAUCGAGCGCUUUCAAUUCUCCCUUCUGGACUACCAAUUCUGGUGCUCCCAUCUGGAACAAUAACUCAUCGCUCACGGUUGGAUCUAGAGGUCCUAUUCUUCUGGAGGAUUAUCAUCUGGUGGAGAAGCUUGCAAAUUUUGACAGGGAACGGAUCCCUGAACGUGUUGUCCAUGCCAGGGGAGCUAGCGCAAAGGGUUUCUUCGAAGUGACGCAUGACAUCUCUCACCUCACAUGUGCUGAUUUCCUUCGAGCUCCUGGAGUUCAGACCCCCGUCAUCGUCCGUUUCUCCACUGUUAUCCACGAGCGUGGCAGCCCUGAAACCUUGAGGGAUCCUCGAGGAUUUGCUGUCAAAUUUUACACAAGAGAGGGUAACUUCGACCUUGUGGGAAACAACUUCCCUGUCUUCUUUGUUCGUGAUGGCCUCAAGUUUCCUGAUAUGGUUCAUGCUCUCAAACCCAAUCCCAAGUCCCACAUCCAGGAGGAUUGGAGGAUCCUUGAUUUCUUCUCCCACCAUCCUGAAAGCCUUCACAUGUUCUCCUUCUUAUUUGAUGACCUGGGUGUCCCUCAAGAUUACAGGCAUAUGGAUGGUUUUGGUGUUAACACAUAUACCCUUAUCAACAAGGCUGGGAAGGCACUCUAUGUCAAAUUUCAUUGGAAACCCACUUGUGGUGUAAAGUGUCUAUUGGAAGAGGAGGCCAUUAGGGUUGGAGGGUCCAACCACAGUCAUGCCACCAAAGACCUUUACGAUUCAAUUGCUGCUGGAAACUAUCCCGAGUGGAAACUUUACAUCCAAACAUUGGAUCCUGAACACGAAGACAAAUUUGACUUUGACCCACUUGAUGUAACUAAGACCUGGCCUGAGGAUGUUUUGCCCCUGCAGCCAGUUGGCCGCAUGGUCUUGAAUAAGAACAUAGAUAACUUCUUUGCUGAGAAUGAACAACUUGCAUUUUGCCCUGCCAUUAUCGUACCUGGUGUGUACUAUUCAGAAGAUAAAUUGCUUCAGACUCGAAUAUUCUCCUAUGCUGAUAGUCAAAGACACAGACUUGGACCAAAUUAUCUGCAGAUUCCUGCUAAUGCCCCCAAGUGUGCACAUCACAACAAUCACCAUGAAGGUUUCAUGAAUUUCAUGCACAGGGAUGAAGAGGUCAAUUACUUCCCUUCCAGGUAUGAUCCUGUUCGUCAUGCGGAAAAGGUUCCCAUUCCUCCUCGUAUCCUAGGUGGGAAGCGUGAAAAGUGCAUAAUUGAGAAGGAGAACAACUUCAAGCAACCUGGAGAGAGAUACCGAUCCUGGGCCUCUGACAGGCAAGAAAGAUUUGUUCGCCGAUGGGUUGAUGCUUUGUCUGACCCACGUGUCACCCAUGAAAUCCGCAGCAUCUGGAUAUCAUACUGGUCUCAGGCUGAUCGAACUCUUGGCCAAAAGAUAGCAUCUCACCUGAACUUGAAGCCGAGCAUCUAAGAUUGGUGGUGACAACCCUAGCUUCUAAGAGUUGCAGACAUACGAACAAAUAAGAAGUUUGUGGUACUGUAAUAAUUUGAAAGGACGGGUCCGUAUAUUGUAUAGUUUAUUUCACGAGCUCAACUUCUUGACUUGUUUCGACUCAAUAAUAUAUGUCCAUUGUGAUAAGGAUAAGUAUCUGAACGUCCCAUGAUUCUCUGUUCGCUUGGGAAUUGGGAUUUAGUCUUCAUUUAUAUUGCAAUAAAAUUUUAUACUGCCAGCAGUUAUGAGUGUUA